GUGCAACGGAAGCAAUAUACGGAAACCUGAAUCUGAACAGACACAAUGUCUCAAAUGUGAGUUGCAGCAGUAGCCAAAGAAUAUCCGAUACUGAAGAUUCCUCAAAUUUAGAUAAAAGUUCCUUGAGAAAAGCAGUGAGUGACGAAAGUAUUGCUUUCAAAAGACACGAAAUCAUGAAGAAAGAAAUUCCUGAUGAACUUUUUCCAAAUUUUCAAAGCGAGAAAAGCAGUCCAGAAAUUAAGCGCGAGCGUGAUCGACGCCACGCACUUGAUGAAAGCGCGGAAUUUGAAUCAUCAUCAUCUGAAGAAGAAAUUGAUCCAGAGGAGGACAAAUUUGACUUUUUCCGUGAAUUUGAAUUGAAGGUUGAUGUUCUGGAAUAUUGUGACAUGGCUGUGGAAGAGUCAUUCGAAAUGCUCAAACUACAUAUCUUAGAUAUGGUUGACAUGUCAAAAGAAAAAGAAAUCGACGGAGAACAAGUCACUAACGAAAACGCAAAAUGUCUCCAGCCUGAUGAAACAAAAGUAGAAAGAUUGGAAAAUGUAGAUGAUGCACAGCCCUGCCAAUCAGAUGAAAAAAAUCCAACACAAGAAAUAGAAAAUACUCAGAUUGAAGAAGUUGGCAGCAAAGAUGAAAAAUGUCCUACUGCUGAAAAAGAACCUAAGAAAAUGCAAGAAAAAGCUUUGAUUGUUACUGAAAUAUUACAAGUUUUACAUGACAGAUUUGAGAAAUUUAUCUGUGAAGUUAGUGAAAUUGUACAUCUUGGUGCUUUAUCUGUCAGACAUGCGCAAAGGGUGGAUCAAUGGGGAGCAGAGGUGCAAAAGACUUACCAGAAAAUUUAUGCAGAUCAUCAAAAAAUGAAGGCGUACUUAGAGGAGAGGGAAACUGAUUGGAUCGAAACACGUGAGCAGUAUCAAGCAGAAAUAGUACGACAAGGACAACAAAUUACCAACAUACUACAAAGAUUGCACAUAAAUAAUGACAUACCAGAAACUCCUAGAAGACACAAUGACAAACACAAAACAGCUGAUGUCGUUAACAGUGUUCUGAUGAAAAGACGGUGUCAAGAAGAACAAGCCAUGUCACUAGACUUUGCUAGGCAGGCUAAGAUUUCAGAGUUAAAAUUACUGAUAAUACAACAGCAAGGCUACAUUCAGAGAUUGCAACUUAAGAACGCUGAACUAAACAGCAUCAUCAGAGACGUCCUGCAUGCUAAACCUUACUCUGAAGAAGCAACUGAAACAGAUAAUAACAAUGGUGAAGAAGUUGAACGUCUCCAGAACGUGUCUGCUGUUUUAUCAUGUGACAUGGCUGGUUAUCUGCCAAAUAAAUCUGUAGACUCCGACAUUGUCAGCAGGCAGGUCUUCAAUAUUGGUAGUACAAAAGGUUGUUAUGGACAGAAAAGUGUACCACCCACUGUAUAUCCCGUAUUUGAUCCUCAUAAAUUGUCCUACAUUUGUCUUGAUGCCCUAUCGACACAGAAUAACGUAAAUAUGGCAGGAUAUGAAGAUGGAGACAAAAGCAACGUCAAAGAGUUAUAUAUCGAAAAAGGCAAGGACGAGAAAGAAAAUACAACACAUUUUACUGAAGACAGUGAACUACAAACCGAUAAGAACAAAGUUAACGACAACAUGUACUAUGAUUGCAGUACGACAAAUGCUGGACAGGUUGCAGAUCAAGAAACGACAAUACCGUGUCCGACAAUAGUUUCAGCUUAAUGCAUAAACGUAUAGUAGAUUUUGCCACCUUUAUCUUCACUCCGUCCGUAUUGUGGUAUUUGGCUGCAUAUUCCAAACUUUGUUUAUCAUGCCAUUUAAACCCGAUAGAUGAUAAAGAAGUUCAAGAAUAUAUCUUGAUUGAUGCUUCCAUUGUUCGCAUUUACACAUACUCAUAUAACAUAGCAUGAUGUUAUCACUUGAGCAUCUUCGUGUACUUUAUUUUAUUCAGCUUGACUAUAUAAACUAAAUGAACACAGCUGUCGAACAUUUUCUUUUAUCAGAAAAUGAGUAUUAUAAAACUGUAUUCUUUACUCGGAAACUCAAGCUAUCAUUCAUGAGAGUUUGUUAACUGCCAUCUGUGAUUUUGAAUAAUCUGUGAUAUGUACUUUGUUACCGGAAACGGUUUUUAAAUUAUUGUAUAUUUGUGAAUUAUAAUUCAUAAUAAAAUUACAAUGCCAGAA